CAGCACAUUAGAAAUGUGCUAAUCUCGCAUAGCAUGCAUUGAAGCAUCCAUGGACUUUUUGCUUUGGGACAUGGGACGAACCUCAAUAUCAGCUGAAGCCUCACUCUUUGACCUUCUCAGCCAGUGUUUCGACAAGUUCAGGGGCGUCUUCAACCUCGAAGACCCCCACGGCAUCCUCACACGCCCAUCUAUUCUGGAAGGAAUGCUGAACGCCGUUUUCGACACCGACUCUCGUGCAUUCGUGACGGAGAAGUCGCCCGGGUUUAUCGCUGGUCUUGAGGAACAUGACAAGUUAUGCCUAUAUGUCCAGGCGGUAGCCGGCAUGGUCUUGAUCUUCCGGCGUCUGAGCUCGCUAGGCCGCACGCUAUCCGCUGGCCUAGCCUCGCGAGAGAUUCAGCUAUUCAAAGAAAGCCAGCAACGGACGGUGGUACUCAGCAAGAUCGCCGACACUUCUCUUUUAAGCGCAUGCUAUGCCAGGAGCGGUAUCGUCGACUUUGUGGUUGAGGCUGUCGAGGGUCAAGAGCUUGGACAGCAUGCCAACCCGUCUUCCGGUAUCACUGGGGACGAUCUUUUAGACAACACUGCCGGCUGGGUUACCGACCGCCCCUGCAAGAAUAUGGGACUGCCUUGGGGUUUCACGAUUAUGGCCAUCAACUGACGGAUCCGAGGUACGGAGAACGUAGCUGUAAAGUACUUUAUCACCUCUCCAUUCUCGCAGGAGCACGGCGUUGGGGUAUCUUAUCAUGAUUAAUGAUCUUAUCACUCCGUCACAAGGGUUCUGUUCUCAAUCACUUGCAGAACCAAUGUUGUAAGCGGAGCGCGGAGGGCCGGCCAGU